AGAUUCGUCUUCCGUAUUCCCAAUUGAAUAAAUAAAUAAUUAGAAAUCGAGGAUGGAGGAGGCAGGAGGCAGGCGAGGCAUAACUACACAUCACGCCGCGCCAGAUCCCGCGCCCCCAGGCUUCCCAGGAGCCGCUGGCACACUCCAGCUGUGGCAUGCCAGUGGAUCAUUGCAUGGAUCCCUUCCGACGCGUGAUCGUGACGGUCACCCCGAGCUUGAGGUUGUUGGUGAACAUAGAACCAGGCUCCUGUGAGAGAGUAAGGGGAAGGCUCAAGUUAACCGUGACUGACUUGAAUUUCACUGGCGACUGGAGCCUGAGCCGCAUGAUGAUGUUGCGGUUGCCCCUCCCGGGGCCGAGUCACUCACUGGCAGACUAGCCGCACUGGCAGGCUUCUACAGGCGAGGCCGCACUGGCACCCAGUUUCGUAGAUCGCACCGCGUAUAAGCAUCCAGAAUGCACUGCCAUAAGCUACCUACGGUACUAGUAGGGAUCCGGCAUGUCAGUAUAAAUCUUUGUAAGAGUAGUAAGAGUAGUCGGCGCUAGUUGGCGCAGCAUGGACUUGGGAGAUUUGUGGAGCUGGGACAAACAUAAGUUGGGUUGUAAGAUCCGUGUUGAAACUCAUAAUCCUGCGCUUGACGAACUUAGGGAGACAACAGCAGCGGAUGGAUGCAGGCGCGAAAACAACGUACGGACGACAGCUAGUUCUAUCGAAGUAUCCAAUUCACCGGCUGUGUUGGUGGGUAAUCAACAUGAUUCGCAGCGCACGAUGUCAAACACUCGUAAGAAUAUCUACAAGAAGUUUUUUGAAAUUCCACGAAGUCCACCAGCCAAAAUUAUUCUUGACAUGCAAAAAGAACGGCUCAGGCUCAACUUGUCGACGUCGGCUUAUGCACCACCACAUUCACUGAUGAAGACUCGGUCUGAAGAAAAGUCUAUCCUGUCACCGAAAUUGUACCAGCGCCAACGAGAAUGGGAAGUCCAAUCUGACGUCAACUCCGGUGACCUCUUGAUGAUGACGCAAGAUGGUCACAGCGGCAAAGUCAUACAUCAUGCCAGCCGUGAUGCUCAUCACACAAAGCACAAACUCCAGAAGCAGGCCAAGCCGAUAUUGAACCAGAUGCACUUAUCUUAUAAAUCUAGUACGCCAAAAUGUGAUGCACAGGAGGACUUUGCUGGCGUGGAGAAUGCAUCACAACUAAAGGACGAGCCAGAUGCACAGAAAGCUAAACUGGACUGCGUCAAUUCUAUUGCGGCGUGGUCAGCUCAUGGCGAGAAUGUUGCGCGCUUAGCUGAAGAAGGCGCUGUGCCUGGAAUCCUGAUGUUAUCACAGGACGAGAAUGAGAGUGUGCGCGGAGCAUGUGCUACUGCCUUUGGACAUAUGUCACGACACGCUGAAUUAUGUGAGCAGCUCAUGAAGCACAACGCUGUGCCUGUGAUCUCCGACCUUGGUAUCAACACCAUAGAUGCCACAAUCUCCCGUGAUUGCACCUUAGCCUUAGUUAAUUUGACCACCGUAGAUGGAGUUGAAGCAAAACUGGUUGAAGACGGGGUUGUGGUAUCUUUUCUAACCCUUAUGAACCAGCACGAAAUACAUUCGGAAGCAUGUAGUUAUGGUCUUUUCAAUUUGACUUGUGUAGAUCAGCCCUACAUGCAUAUAGAGCGUGUGAUCAAGGCCUUUGUGUCACUGGCAACAAGCACCGACGCAACAGUAAAGCACAUCUGUGCAGCAGCUCUCUGCAAUCUCUCAGACAUUAAGCCUAUUUGCUCUAGGAUAGUUGAGGAGGGUGUAGUCCAAGUUGUUGGACUUUUGGCGAGAGGAGCCGAGGCUAGGACAAGACGGGUCUGCGCUAUUGUUUUGCAUUCGCUUGCGUCCACAAGAGCAUGCCGCGCUGAUAUGGUAACAAAAGGCGCAGUGCAGAUUCUCUAUGCGCUUUCUUCGGACGCUGACACAAUUACACUACACUACAUUGCGUCUGCUACCACUCGCCUGGCCACGGAUGCACAAAAUCUCCCCAGGCUUGUGCACGAGGGUGGUGUAACUGCACUGUGCAAUAUUUGUCUUAGAUGUCCACAAGAUAUUCCAACUACAAAACUCUGUGCUUCCGCACUUUGCCUUCUUUCACAACAAGCAAUCGGCCGACAGGCCAUAGUCCAGGAGGGCUGUGUGCCUGCUCUUGUUUCGUUGUUGCACGAGUCUUCCGAUUUGUCUACCAUUCAGCAAGGACUCUAUGCCCUUACCACUCUCCUCGCGGAUGAAAAUAAUCAUGAACAAGUGCUGGGCCAGGGUGGUAUAGCUGCCGUUAUUGAGCUUUGUGGUCAUGCAUCGCCAGUAAUCCGUGAGGCCUGUUCUCUGGCAUUGUUCAAUUUUUCCUGCGGCAAGGCUCCCCACGAGAGGGGCAUUUCUGCGUCUGCGAUUCCAGCCAUUAUUGCUUUAUCGAGGCUGCCUGAACCCCGAACACGUAUGCGCUGCGCGGCUACACUUUGCAAGCUUGCCGCAUUUGAGGCUAAUGUUAGUCUCAUGGUUGAUGAAGGUGUUGUAUCAGCUUUUAUUGAUAUGCUUCAAACUGGAGAUCAGGAUAUUGUUAAGCAUUGUUGUGUGGCCCUUUGUCGUCUCGCCCACGAAGGCUCCUCUGCAGUCACUAUUACUGAAGGUGCGGUGCCAAAGGUAAUCGCCGGGUGUGGUGGAGAGUCCGAUCCCACAACCCGCAUAUCUUGCUGUGCAGUUCUGUCCGCUGUGUCUGCACACGAGCCAUGUCGUCGCCCUCUUUGUGCCAUGGGGACACUCGAACCUCUCAUUUCACUGGCUCGUGAUCGCGGGGCGGAUGACACAACACGGCUUAGAUGUGCCGUGGCAUUUGCCAAUUUGUCGCACGAGCCCGCCGUGCAGGGCGAAAUGGUGAAGGCGGGGGUCGUGCCAGUUGUUGCGGAGUUAUCAAAUUCGUACUGCGAAGAGAAUCAGUUAUAUUGUGCUCGAGCACUUUGCAAUCUUGGCUGUCAUUCAGGAUCCGAGCAGGCCAUCGUUGAACAGGGGGGCGUGACUGCUCUCAUGAUGAUUUGUAUGGUUCGUGCAGUGUCGCAUUUUACCAAGCAAAUUUGUGCAAAAGCUAUUCUAAAUCUUGUGUGUGCACCUCUCGUUAUUAAAGAUUGGCUGCCACAACUUGCCGAUGAGGGUCUAGUGCAGGCUGUGUCAGUUCUUUCGCGUUUGCCUGAAGAACAGACAAUGGGCGUUUGUGCAUCAAUCUUUUGCACAAUCUCAGCCCAUGGUCUUGUUGGCAGGCAGCUUCUUGUUAAGCGCAGGUCCACUCUCAAGGACAUCUUCAGUUUGAUGCGCUCAAGUGAUAAGGCCACCCAGACUUUCUGCGGUAAGGCAGUAUUUAAUUUGCUUGGCCAUGCCGACUCCCAGACCUAUGCUGUCCAGGCUGGUGCAAUUCCCGUCCUUUCAACUCUCUGUACCCUGGGAGAGCCCGAGGUGGAGACUGCGGCAGCGGAUAUUUGUUUACUACUCUCGGGAGAGGCGGCCUAUCGCCAGGAGAUUACUGAGGCAAAUGUGGUGCCGGCUUUAAUUGAAAGUGCUAAAUCUCCAAACCCUGCUACCUGCCAGUCAAGCCUCCGCGUUCUUGCGCACUUGGCAUGGUGGAGCCACAUGCGCACAUGCAUCAUUCACGCAGAAGUGAUGCCUACGCUUGCUUCUCUAAUUGAACAGACGCCUAGCAUUGAACCAGGGGAUUUAUUAACCGAGAAAUUGAUUCUGCAUAUUAUAACAUAUAUUAGUUGUGUGUCAGAGGAAUAUAAAGUCAUGCUUGUCCAAAAUAAUAUUAUCCCUCUGCUCGAUAUCCUGUUCUGUAGAUUAAGUUCGUCCGGAGACAUAGCAUGUGCUUUGCACGCUCGUAAAUUUAUUGCCAUGUCAGUUCGAUCCUUGACCGCUUCCCAAGGCGCCAUUAACAAGCUCGUCGGGGACGGUGCCAUAAGACUUGUCUGCAACAUUAUGUGUGCUGGGGAAGAUACAAAUUCAGAUGUUUAUGAGAACUGUGCAAUAUCAUUAUAUUCGGUUGCUCAAACACAGUACUACAAUGAUGUAUUGUUGGAGCAAGGUUUACUGAAAGCAAUCUCAAGGCUAGCACAGCACCCAGAGUGCUUUGGAAUUGCUGCGUCAAUCCUGUAUUUAUUGUCCAGUGACCCACAACAUCGUGAGCUAGUUGUUCUAGACUCUGGUGCACGCAACUUGCUUUUUGCCAUUGCGGACCAACCAACCCACUCCAAAUCAGCCAUCCAGUUUUGCGCUCAGACCUUAUUCUGUCUGUCGCGGUGUGCGGCAGAAUCCCGUGAGGUACUUAUCUCUGCUGGUCUUGUUCCUCUCUUGCUCCGCCUUUCUGGACAUGAUGAUGAGAAAGUUGCCUCCCCUUGCUCUGAGGCUUUAAGAAAUCUGAGCUCUGAGGGAUCUAGUGCCAUUGAGGAAGGGACUGUUUCUAGACUCCUCGCAGAGGCACUAUCUUAUCCCCGCGAAAGAAAGAGCGCAGCCAUCAUUGACGUUUCUCCGGCCAAGGUUUCUGCAAGGCCGCUUGUUUUGGACAAUUAUGGUCCCUCUAGUGAUAUUUUAUGUCAUCUCUUGAUCCAAAACUUUAAGCCUUUUACAAUAUCUAUCAUAAAAAUGAUAGGCGGGGUCGCUGGCUCUGGCCCAGCACCUCCCGAACCCCCAGAGAUGGAUGUUCAUGAUCCUGCCAAUCACGUUUCUUUUGACGGCACUGAUAACACGGACGAUGAUGAAAAUAUAGGCGCUUCAAUGAUGUUUGCAAAGAUGAACACGGAAUCUCUUUCCAUUUCAAACCAUCAGCAACUGAUGUUGCAAUGAUUAGAGCUCACCCUUAUAAUUGCGUACCUCUCCAUCCAUAAAAAAUAUAAUGUUUGACAUUAUAAGCUUACCAGGGGUCCGUUUCAGUGCCCAAGGCCGUCCGAGUCCGGAAGGCUGCAUAGGAAAGGGAGACGUGUAAUCUGUGGGCCCCACCCC